UACGAACCAUUCAUUACCAGCAGCAGAGCAAGGUACUGCUACUUAAGCAGGGAUAAAAGCUGAAACGGGGGAGAGAGGGGGAUAAAAGGGGGUUUGGAAAAAGAGGAAAAAAAAGGCAUAUAUACAGAGAAAGAGAGAGAGAGAGACAGUGAGAGAGAAGUGAAACAAAGCAACAAAAAAAGAAGAUACCCCGACAAAAUUAGAGGUGAAGAGUGGAGUUAGGAGAGGAGGAAAAAGAGUGGUGACAUAAAGACGUUUAGCAAAAGCGAAGGAGGGAGGAGAACGGAGAGAGAAAGAGAGAGAGAGAGCGGCACACCAUAGAAACGAGAGAAAGCGAGUAAACUGAGAGCGUGACAGACUGACAGACGGCCUGCCCGGGACGACACAGAUAAAGAUGCAUGCCUUCCUGUUGCUUGGCUGCUUUGUCCUCGCUGCGACGGAGUACUUACUUGGAUCUGCCCAUAUGAUCCCCGAUGAGAGACUCUCCACUAAUCGGGUCGUUGUAGCUAACGCUCUGUCUCAAAGCCUUGCGGUAGACCCACCUCCUGUAGUUAUUGUAGAGUUGCCUAAAUCAGCAAAGAAGGACAAGAAACCAAAGAAACCAAAAAAGAACAAAUUUGGUGUGAAGAAGCGCCCUCCUCCUCCCGCAAACUGCAUCGCCAUGGGGGCAAGCUGUAAAUCUCCAGGCAGUGUGUGCUGUGAUUUCUGUGGCUUCUGUCAGUGUCGGCUCUUCAGAACUGUCUGUUACUGCAGAAUGGGCAACCCCCGCUGCUGAACAACCAAGCAGCAGCAAAACUUCAUGCUAGAACAAACCACUCGAAGUGAACAGUGUGAGAGGUGAAUCACUUUGAGGUUUUGGUUUGUAACUUUUGCCUAAACUUCACUGCAUGAAAGCACUUUAUCACAGAGGACUGCACCACAGUGAACUUAA